AUGGAGGCUUGUAGUGUAGAUGUUGUGCUGAAGAUGGAGGCGCUCAAUAAGAACGGUCCGGGCUCUGAACGUGAGAUGCUCGUGUUACUGGAUCUCAUCUUACUAGCCGUUGUAGCUUCCUGUUCGGACCCUACAAUCCGACCAGUGGCCCUGUGUAAUUUUGAUCAGCACACCUGUGGUUGGACCAACGAUCCAAGCAGCUCGCUACAUUCCUGGAAAAUCCAGCAGCGACCAGCGAGGGGUCUGCCCACGGACCCGGCAGUGACCUAUCCCAUUCUGUGCUUCUCAGCCAACGCACAGGCAGAGGAGGACAAGGAUGCCACUUUCUUUUCCUCCUGGCUGACUGUUCCGAGCAAACCCCUGGUGAAAAAACCUCCAGUUGGUGACCUUCGAGCUCGUCUGUGGAGUCCCACCAUACCGGCGGCACUGAGUCUUCGUUGUCUCAAAUUCUCCUAUACCUAUGUAGAUCAACCCAAGGCCUCACGGCAUCGUCAGCCGUCCAAUCGAAGCGCUGCUGCCUUGGCCCUGUUAAAACAGGCUGACGGGUGCUUACUCAUUGCCAUCAUAGUUUAUCGCACCACCUCCAACCCUACAAUCCGACCAGUGGCCGUGUGUAAUUUUGAUCAGCACACCUGUGGUUGGACCAACGAUCCAAGCAGCUCACUGCAUCCCUGGAAAAUCGAGCAGCGACCAGCGAGGGGUCUGCCCACGGACCCGGCAGUGACCUAUCCCGUUCUGUGCUUUUCAGCCAACGCACAGUCCGAGGAGGACAAGGAUGCCGCAUCCUUUAAUUCCUGGUUGAGUGUUCCGAGAAAACACAAGGUGAAGAAACCUCAAGUUCGUGACCUUCGAGCUCGUUUGUGGAGUCCCGGUGUACCGGCGGAACUGGGUCUCCGUUGCCUCAAAUUCUCCUACACCUUUGUAGAUGAACCCAAGACCUCUCGGCUGCGUCAGCCGUCCAAUCGGAGCACUGCUGCCUUGGCCCUGUUAAAACAGGCUGACGGGUGCUUAGUCAUUGCCACCAUUGUUUUUCGCAUUACCUCCAGUGCACACGCAUUACAAGAGAGCUCAGCAACAGGCUUAGACUCUACGAUCCGACCAGUGGCCCUGUGUAAUUUUGAUCAGGACACCUGUGGUUGGACCAACGAUCCAAGCAGCUCGCUAUAUCCCUGGAAAAUCCAAAACCGACCACCCAAGGGUUUUCCCUCCACGGACCCAACAGUCGCAUAUCCCGUUCUGUGCUUCUCAGCCAAUUCGCAGGCCGAGGAGGACAAGGAUGCUGCUCCCGUUUCCUCCUGGUUGAGUGUUCCGAGAAAACCCAAGGUGAAAAAACCUCGAGUUGGUGACCUUCGGGCUCGUUUGUGGAGUCCCAGCGUACCGGCGGAACUGGGUCUUCGUUGCCUCAAAUUCUCCUACACUUUUGUAGAUCAACCCAAGGCCUCACGGCCGCGUCAGCCGUCCAGUCGGAACCCUGCUGUCUUGGCCCUUUUAAAACAGGCUGACGGGUGCUUACUCAUUGCUUCCUACCUCAAUCCAUCAUCGUUUGUCGCACCACCUCCAUUCCACACACAUUGCCAGGGUGGGAGGGGGCGGGGUCAGCAGCACUUUUUGGGUAUUAUUGUGUCAUAA